GCUCAGUAUAUAAAGCAGGACAACGACGGGAGGAGGACGGCUGGGGAGUCGCAGCCCGGGAUUGUAAAUAAGACCGUAAAAACUGUGUUUUAUUUACAAAAGUAAUGCCGGCUGUUUUAAAGAACCGUUCCCAGUUGUUUUAAGUCUUUUUUCGUAAUUUUUGGCUCUGUUUCUCGCCUAUUUCCGUGUGGUUUUUACACUACGCGUAUAAUGGCGAGCUCGGCAAACACGAACCCAGUGCCUAAAUUAUACAAGUCUGUUAUUGAGGACGUAAUCAAUGAGGUGCGGGAGCUGUUCCUGGAUGAAGGGGUGGACGAGCAAGUUCUCCUGGAGCUGAAAACGCUAUGGGAGAACAAGCUGCUGCAGUCGAAGGCGGUGGAGGGCUUCCACACCGAGGAGCAGGCCCUGCAGACCGCCCAGCAGCAGCUCCCGCACGCCCAGCAAGCGCAGCAGGUGGCUCAGGCCACACAGGCCCAGCAGGUUAUCCAGAUUCCUUCGCAACAACAAGCUCCCCAGCAACAGGUCAUAGUUCAGGACUCUAAAAUGAUUCAGCACAUGAACUCGACAGGAAUGACUGCAGCAGCCACUGCAGCAACGCUUGCUUUGCCCACAGGGGUCACCCCAUACCAACAGCUCAUCACAAGCCAAGGUCAGCUCCUGCAGGUGGUUCGGGCUCCCAACGGGACUCAGUACAUCAUCCAGCCUCAGCAGCAGAUCGUCCUGCAGAAUCAGAUGCAGCCUGGCGGCGUGCAGACCCCCAUCAUACAACAGGUUUUAGCUCCUCUUCAGGGCGGACUUCCCCAGCAAGCCGGCGUCAUCAUUCAGCCGCAGCAGAUCGUUUUAGCUCCAGGGAAUAAAGUUCAAGGGACUACACAGGUGAUGCAGGCAGCAGCUACGAUGGCGCCACAGCCUGGUCAGGCAGCAACAGCAGCUCAGGUCCAGCAGGGGGCAGCCGUGGCCGCAGCUCAGGUGCCAGCCCAGGCAGCGGCGGCGCAGCAGUCUCAGGCCCAACCGCAGGCGCAGCAGCCCGCCAUGAUGGUGCAGCUGGACGGAACCGGAGACUCGUCCUCUGAUGAAGAUGAGGAGGAAGAGGAGGAAUACGAUGAGGACGACGAGGAGGAGAAAGAUAAGGCCGGUGGGGAAGACGGGCAAGUUGAAGAGGAGCCUCUGAACAGUGGAGACGAUGUCAGCGAUGCUGAAGACCAGGAGCUGUUUGACACGGAGAAUGUCGUGGUGUGCCAGUAUGACAAGAUCCACAGAAGUAAGAACAAAUGGAAGUUCCACCUGAAAGACGGGAUAAUGAACCUGAACGGCAGAGAUUAUGUCUUUUCCAAAUCCAUCGGAGAUGCCGAGUGGUGAGGUGGGAGAGAAACGGCGAAAACAAAAAACUCCUAACUUGUUUUUAUCCAGCAAACCGAUAUAACUUCAGCAUCCGUUCAUAUCCUGCGACCGACCGAACUCCUUCAGGAAUCGAGAGUCUCUGAGAACUCUUCCAACCCAAAAGGAUCGCUGUAAGACGUGGACGAAACACUCGUUUGCAAGGAUGACAAACCGGCAGGACACUGGAGAGCCCAUGAACAGAGCUUUUUUUAUUUUCCUCUUUAAGGCUUCUCUGCCUUUUCUGACGAAAUUCCUUAAAAAAAAAAAAAAACAAAAGCAAAAAAACACAAAAACAGUCAUUUCAUGUCGUACAGGUGUUGCGGACCAGAACGAACUUGCCUGCCAGCGGAGCUCUGUGGUCACUCAUAACCCGAUAGACAUUUUUAAUGCACUGUAGUCGGUCGACUGGAUCGUCUUCAUGUAAGUCCAAACUUAGUGCCACCAGUCGAAACCGCUGCCUUUUAGAAUGACUCAGCUUAUUUUUUUUUUCCAUGUUUAUAAAAAACGGUGCUCCAAAUUGUUUAAUGUAGUUUAAAAAUGAUCUUUUAAUAUGUUUGCUUCAAGGUACAAAAAUAACUUUUAAUCCACAGAUGUUCUGUAGCUUCAUUCCAUCAAAAAAAAAGCACCAAAAUUCAUUUAAAGCCCAGUGUAUCUCCGCUCUUACUUUAGUCAGCCGUCUGAAGAUUUGCACUGUGGGUUUAUCGAUGUCUGUGAGGUCAGUCAGUCCGGGAAAUCAAUAGUCUGUUCAUUUGUGUGUGAGACAUUGACCGACGGUGCAGGCCCGCGAUAAGUGGAACUUAUGUCUUUCUUUUGCACACCUUGCAGUCUCAAAAGGCCACAGUCACACUAGAGGGGGGGCGGGUGCGCAUCAUCUAUUUAUUGUUGAAAGUUCUUCAAAAGAUCGGAAAGCCGCACCAAACUGUGCUCUUAUUAUCCAGUAAGUGUUCCUUUUUAUUUUUAUUUCAAGCGCUACAUAAAUGUUUUUCCGUCACAUUUUUUCUAUCAAAGGUGUGUUUCUGCAGUUCGACUUGUUGCAACAAUCUGAAAUAAAGCCUGUUUUUAUUAUUAUUUUUUGACUGUUCUGUUUCUAAAAAAAGUAGCUACAUCUGCGCCGUAACACGCACACGAUCAAUAGGGCUUUUGUUUUCACGCGUCUUUAACUCAACCUGUGAAAUCUCUUCUGCACAUUUUCUGUAUAUUCCCAUUUCUCUGGAUGUCGUCCGUGCCUUUCAAACUUGAGUUUUGUUUGGGGUUUGUGUGUGUUGCCCACAACUAAUGGAAGGAUGUCCAUGGAAAUCGUAUUCUUUGUUUUAACUGCUGUUCAGAUAUUUAAAGAAAUGUACGUUCAUUUAAUUUUUCCUAAAUUAAAAGUUGUUUGCAACAAAAUAAAGGCUCCUGCUUUGAA